CUUCGUUCGAUUCAGGCAGGCUCCUCUAUUCGUUUUACAUGUAGCAAGCAGGGUUGCGGGGUGCAGUUCAGACAUGGGAAGUGAGCAUUACUGCCUGAGGUGGAACAAUCAUCAGAGCAACUUGCUGGGUGUGUUCAGUCAACUGCUGGAGUCGGAGUCGCUGGUGGACGUGACACUGGCGUGCACGGAGGGACCGUCGAUACGCGCACACAAGGUAGUCCUCUCCGCGUGCUCCAGUUACUUCCAGGCCCUGUUUCUCGACCAUCCGAACCGUCACCCCAUCGUUAUCCUAAAGGACGUACGUUUCGCCGAGCUACGUACCCUCGUCGACUUCAUGUACAAAGGCGAGGUAAACGUCGAGUACUGCCAGCUAUCGGCCCUCCUCAAGACAGCGGAGAGCCUCAAGGUUAAGGGUCUAGCGGACAUGACGAACAUCAACGCAGCGGUAGCGUCCAGGGAAGAACAGCAACAACAGCAACAACAGCAGCAACAGCAGCAGCAGCAACAACAGCAGCAGCAGCAACAACAUACGAGCACCUCCGACACGUCGCGAGAGCAUCAUCGAGAACGAGAACGAGAACGAGAACGAGAACGAGAGAGUAUAAAAGAGACGAGUGGCAAGGAGAGGGAACGAGAGUCGAACGUCACCACUGGAGUGUCGGCCGGUGCGAAGGAAUGCGAGCAGCAGCAGCAGCAGCAGCAACAGCAGCAGCAGCAGCAACAGCAGCAAUCCAGCAGCAUCGUGCAGAGCACCCCUAGCGAAACCACGGAGGCGGUGGACAUGACGGAUUGUCCGCCGUCGCCCGCGGGGCCCGGUAGCCCGUGCCCGGGACCGCUGGCCCUUGACCGACCCAGGAGGGAUUCCGAAGACGCGGGCAGCCUCGAAGAAACGAGGGCCGGCUCUCUCAGCCCGAUCUCGGUGCACAGCGGACCAUCCGACAUGAGCCUCAGCAACAACACCGGCGGCGCGCCCGGUGGCGGCGUGCUGCCGUUGAAUCUGCCGCAGAGCCGGCUUCCGUCCCCGCACAGUACCGAGCCCCUCGCCGGCCCCUCGGGCUUACCCCCGGUUCAACAAGUUCCGCUAUCCUUGAAAAAAGAAAUGGACUGGGAAAGGUCGACCGAGGAGCGCAGCGCGAGCAGUGAGAUAUCCGCAGACUACAGACUCCCGCCAGAUCCGGUCUCGCUCGCCCUCGGACUGGACGCGGGUGGAUGGGGCGCCCUGGUGGAGCGGACGAGCGCGCACGGAGGCACCGGCAGUACCAUCCUCGGGCACGGCGGUUUCACCGGGCUGGCCGGACUGGCGCGUCGCUGCGGCGUCUGCCUGGCGACGUUCCCGUCGCCGUGGCUGCUGGAGCGGCACGCGUUGCUGCAACACGCCGGGCAGACCAGCGACGACAAGCCGUUCACCUGCGAGCAGUGCGGCCAGCGUUAUCGCUAUCGGUCCGCUUACGUGAAACAUCGCGAGCAGAAUCAUCGCGCGCGGCUGCCGGCUGACAAGCUCUUCACCUGCGACGUAUGCGGCAUGCAGUUCAGGUAUCUAAAGUCCUUUAAGAAGCACCGCCUCAACCACGCGCUCGAGCGGUUGCAGCGCGCGCCCGAGUCACAGAACAGCGUAGUCGUCGUCUCGGCGCCGGCCGAGCGCAGCGAUCAGGUCUCGAGCACCGGCGAGCCGUCCCAGGUGGAGACCGGCAGCGAUACCACCACCAAUCCGGGCGACGCCGAGGAGAUGCGUGGUGUGUUCUCGGAGAGCGCUCGCGGUGACGAGAGCGGCGUCUCGGAGACCGCGAGCGUUCAAGAGAACCCCGGCGACGCGGUGGAGGUGCAGAUGACGGAGACCACUGCCACCGGUACUGCCAGCGGGAUCGGCGGCGGUGGCGGCGGUGGUACCAGCAGCGAAGCUGGCGAUGUGGACGACAACGUCGUCGACGACGAUCGGCACGAGCCGAGCGAGGCGAUGAUCGACCUCGCGCGGAGCGUCACUCGCGAGGCCGAUCGUCGCGAGCGACGCUUCGCCUGCCCGUUCUGCGGCAAGUGCGUGAGGUCGAAGGAGAAUCUGAAGCUGCACGUGCGCAAGCACACUGGCGAACGGCCGUUCGUCUGCCUGUUCUGCGGUCGCGCCUUCGGGGGCAAGAGCGAUCUGACGAGGCACCUGCGCAUCCACACCGGCGAGCGGCCGUAUCACUGCGAGAUGUGCGGCAAAUGCUUCGCCCGCGCUGACUAUCUCUCCAAGCAUCUCACCACGCAUAUUCACCAGCGCUAACGCGAUCGCAACUCGGCUCACUCGCCUCGGCCUCCUCGGAGCCGAAGAGCACCGCAACGACGUGCCUC